CCUGAUUUAAUCGAUAUUCGACUGGCAGAACAGAAGUCAACCUACGAGAGACUUGAAUUAGCUCUUAGUCUGGCCGAAUCUGAGCUUAAAUUGACUCGCCUUCUGGAUCCAGAGGACUUUAUUGAUAAGCCCGAUGAGAGGUCAUUGAUCACCUAUUUGACCUUGCUCUACAGCGUCCUGGUCUCUCCACAGCAUCAGAACCCACGGCAUCCUCCUCAUGUCCAUUUUGACUUCUUCCAGUUGACUCCCAAUCCGUCACUUUUAAACAGCCCUGGUACUCUAGCCACCUCAACGCCUCCCUCUAUUCACAAUCUAUCUAUCCUAAAUUCGGGCUCCUGUGCUUCAGCUACAAAAUCUCCCAGCGAUUCAGCUGAUCCGAAUAGCUUUCAGUCUUAUCUCAAGGAUGUGAAUCAGCGCCGCAUUGAAUACACUAACCUUGCUUCUGACCUUGUUCAAUGGAUCCGAGCCACGGAAGACCGCAUGGUCACUAGUAAAGUUCCUGGCGACAUGGCUUCUCUGCGUACUCGUGCGUUGGCCGAGCUUGAUAGACAUAGGCGGGAGGAGCGCCCUAUUCGAGAACGUCAAUUUAAGCAGUUGGCUAGAUUAUUUAAUGAGAUACAGGUCUUACCACAGUCUCUAUCUUGCCCCGUAAGAUCCUUCUGCCCUCUCUGGUUCACAUAUUUCACUCGACCUCUGCCACCCCAUCUGUGCCAACUUGAGGUGUUAUUGGCCCUACCAUGCGUCUGGGUGACUAAUUCGAGGCUCAAGCCUUUAAGUAAGUGUCAUGGUCAGACCUUUGCCACAUGGACCACGUCUCUCUGUCAGCUCACUAGCUCCCAUCGUCGCCGCGUCUAUCCUGUUUCUAUCUUUAAUACCAAAUCUAUGACCUAG